AUGCCCCAAGAGAUUGAGAAUGCCAUGGAAGUCUAUAUACGACACGUGCAGAAUCAACAUUACCAACAAGAGAUCAAUCGCCUAGAACGCAAAGGUGAAGUAAGUCGUAGCAGCUCACUUCGCCAGUUGAAACCUUAUUUGGAUGAACGACAUCUUCUCAGGGUGGACGGUAGGCUGCAACUUUCAGAGCUAAGUUACAACACGAAGCACCCGAUUUUGCUGCCGCGCCACUCAAUCCUCACCGCACUCAUUCUCCAUCACGAGCACCACGAACAGCUCCACUGUGGUCCGCAAUCACUGCUGAGUGAUGCACGGCGACGGUUUUGGAUUGUCGGAGGAACGAGUGCUGCACGCAAGACUUGUCGAUCCUGCGUCGAAUGUAUGCGUGCAAGACCUGCACAAUUGCAUCAGCUGAUGGGACAGAUUCCUGUAGAUCGCCUAGCACCGAAUCACCCCUUCUAUAUCACCGGCAUUGAUUAUGCUGGGCCUGUUGACAUCAUCAAUCGGCGUACACGUGGCGCUACAUCUAGCAAAGGCUACAUAGCACUUUUCGUGUGUUUUUGCACCCGUGCCGUGCAUCUUGAAGCUGUGUCGGACCUCAGUACAUCUGCCUUCAUUGCUGCAUUCACCCGUUUUAGCAGCCGAUACGGAUUGCCGAGCAGAAUUCACUCGGACAACGCUACCAACUUUCGGGGAGCAGACCGAAAGUUCCGUGAAUUAUACCAACACAUCAACGAAACCGAACGGAACGAUCAAGUGACCGAAUUCUUCUCCAACAAGGGAAUCGAGUGGAAGUUCAUGAUGCGUGAUCCCCACAUCACGGGGGCCUCUGGGAGGCAGGCGUGA